UUCAUAACAUAACCUAAUUUUUAUUUAAACAUCGAUGCAAUAUUUAUAAAGAUAUGUAUUUUAACUUAUGUAAUUGCUAUUUUAUGGCUCAUAUACGAAACAGCACUUAUGCUCAGUAAUUAAAAAGUCCCUUAGGUUUAAGUUGAAAUCUCUAAUUAUGAACGCAAAAACGAAAGUGAUAGCCGCUUUAAAUACAGUUAAUCAAGCACUUCGCGAACAGUUAAAGUGGGGCGCCGCCGAGGCUCCAAAGUACGUAAACCACGUAAAGGAGGAGAUCAUCUACAAGAAGGCGGCCGAAGCGAACGCCUGGUACACGAGAAUAUUGGGUCUCGACGAGGUGAAGUUUUACCAGCAGCGUGUGAUAACGUUACAAGAGAAGCUCCUCGACGUUCAGGAGAAACGUCGCGAGAUCGGCCGUCAGCUCUCCGAGGUGCGGCGCAAGUCGAACGAGCUGCAAGAGCAGAUCCACAAGGUGAAGCGACAGGAGGACCUGCAGAGAUUUCUCGAUUUGAUGAAGGAGGAGACGGAGAUCUUAAAGCAGGAGCUGUCCGUAACGGACACUUUUAACGGAUGCGAUCGAGAGGAGCGCGAGAUCUUUACCGCGUUUACGAAUGCGGUGAAGGACUCGCACGAGAAACAGCGCGCCCAGUUGGAGUACACGAAAUAUUUCGGAUUGAUUCUCAGCCUGGUCGGUUCUUUCUUGACGUUCGCCUACUCCACGUUGCGAAAGCAAGAUUUGAAGAGGUUCAUUGAUGAACGAUUACGCGUAGAUAACGGUGACUUGAGCGCGUCGGUUCUCCAAUUGCAAUUACAAGAAGGUCUGAAAGAGAUGCGUAAUGUUUCCGGUGUAAUCGAUAGGGACAAGCAACUUUUAACGUUAAUUAGUAACAAUCAAAGGGAGUUAUUGAAUCGAUUAGAUAAUUCGACGCUUUUAAAUGUAAUUAAUCAAAAUCAUAGGGAAACUGCGAUGGUACUACAGGCGAUAGUUCACAGUAAAGCCGUAACGAGCACCGAGCCUUCAGAUUCGCAGAUCAUUCUAGGCGUAGGUGGGAUAGCGGCAUUACUCGGUUUUAUAUUAUUGAAAUGCGUUUUUGGUUAAUUUUAUAAGCUGAAUACAACUCUAACAAUAAAAA